GCACAGCAGUGUCUGUAGCCAUCUCAAUCCAGGCUGGACAGUGAGUGGAGGGUGAACAAGUCACACUGGAAAAGACUGGAGGAGUGACCUGAGAGGCCCCUGCCCUUGGUAGCUGUCUUGAGGAUGUACUGGGAAGGGAAUUCAGUGAGAGGGGAAUUCAGUGCCUUUGAAUGCAUGGACAGCAGAGGAUGACAAAGCCUGAAAACAAAUGUCCCGAAAAGUGUUUAUUACCAGACAUUAAACCAGCUGUCACGGAAAGUGAAAGAUGAAGCCUCUUGUUCUCUUGGUUCUUGUGAUCUGUACUGUAGUCAGCAUGAAUUUGAAGCUCGUGUCAAAGAGAAAUUCUGUUGAUGGUUGCAUUGACUGGUCAGUGGAUCUCAAGACAUACAUGGCUUUGGCAGGUGAACCAGUCCGAGUGAAAUGUGCCCUUUUCUACAGCUAUAUCAGAACUAAUUAUAGCAUGGCCCAAAGCACAGGUCUUAGGCUUAUGUGGUACAAAAACAAAGGAGAUUUAGAAGAACCCAUUAUAUUUUCCGAAGUUAGGAUGAGCAAGGAUGAAGAUUCCAUAUGGUUUCACUCAGUUGAGUUGCAAGACAGUGGUUUCUACACGUGUGUUCUAAGAAACUCAACAUACUGCAUGAAGGUGUCCAUGUCCUUGACGGUAGCUGAGAAUGAAUCUGGGCUUUGCUACAACAGCAAGAUCAGAUAUCUGGAAAAAUCAGAAGUCACCAAGAGAAAGACAAUCUCCUGUCCUGAUAUUGAGGAUUACAAAACAGCCAGUCAAGAGCCAGAUGUGGUGUGGUACAAGGAGUGUAAGCCAAAAAUGUGGAGAAGUGUUGUAAUUCAGAAGGGAAAUACUCUCUUAAUUCAAGAGGUCAAGGAAGAAGACGGAGGAAAUUAUACCUGUGAACUAAAGUUUGAAGGCAAGCUUAUACGAAGGACAGUUGAAUUGAAGGUUACUGCUUUACUCACAGACAAACCUCCAAAGCCAUUGUUCCCCAUGGAGAACCAGCCAACUGUUAUAGAUGUCCAGCUGGGAAACCCACUGACUGUGGCCUGCAAAGCUUUCUUUGGAUUCAGUGGAGAAUCAGGCCCCAUGAUCUACUGGAUGAAAGGAGAGAAAUUCAUAGAAGAGUUAGAAGGUCACAUUAGAGAAGGCGAAGUCAGACUCCUCAGAGAACAUCUUGGAGAAAAAGAAGUGGAGUUGACAUUGAUCUUUGAUGCUGUAGAGGAGGCAGACCUGGCUAAUUACACCUGUCACGUAGAAAACAGAAAUGGACGGAAACACGCCAGUGUCCUUCUGCGCAAGAAAGAUUUGAUCUACAAAAUAGAGCUUGCUGGAGGACUGGGAGCCAUCCUUCUUCUGCUUAUUUUGCUCGUGACCAUCUAUAAGUGCUACAACAUAGAGUUAAUGCUGUUCUACAGACAGAACUUUGGAGGAGAUGAAGCAGCUGAUGACAACAAAGAAUAUGAUGCAUAUCUUUCAUACACCAAAGUGGAUCCUGAUGCAUUAGACCGUGACAAUAAUGAAGAGGAGCAGUUUGCACUUGAAAUUCUGCCAGAUGUUCUGGAAAAGCACUAUGGAUACAAGCUCUUCAUUCCAGAUAGGGACCUGAUCCCUAGUGGAACCUACAUUGAAGAUCUCACAAGAUGUGUUGAGCAAAGCAGAAGACUCAUUAUCGUGUUAACUCCAGACUAUGUUCUCAGGAGAGGAUGGAGUAUUUUUGAGAUGGAAAACAGACUCCAUAACAUGCUAGUCAGUGGCGAAAUCAAAGUUAUUUUGAUUGAGUGUACUGAAUUAAAAGGGAAAGUGAAUUAUCAUGAAGUGGAAUCCUUAAAGCACACCAUCAAACUUCUCUCAGUGGUCAAGUGGAAAGGACCAAAAAGCAGCAAACUGAAUUCUAAGUUUUGGAAGCGCCUAGUCUUUGAAAUGCCAGGGAAGAAAAAGGAGGUGGUGUCUCGGCAUCAGGUCCUGGAUUCUGCAGAGCAGGGCCUUUUUGGAGACCUCCAGACUGUCCCCUCUAUUGCUGUCACGGGCACUUCUGCCACGCUGGUGGAAUCACGGGCUGAUGUGACUGAUUACCAUCAAGCAGACUCUGUGCACAUGAGACAUUACUGCAGAGGAUACGAGUACGACGUGUCAGCAGCGACACUGCCAAUCGCUUCCAUAAGCAACAACCACACGUACUGUAACAUUCCUCUGACACUCCUGAACGGACAGCUACCUCUCAACAACACCGUGAAGGACCCCCAGGAGUUUCACAGGAACAACCCAUUGCUACCUUUAUCAGCCAAGGAGCUUAGCUUCACCAGCGAUAUCUGGUAGUGAACAUCAGGACUCUUUCGAGAUGCUUCAUGACCGCCAUGAAGACACCUUUUUAAAGAACUUUGCCCUAACCCCAUGGGGUGAGAAGACGUAUUCUAAGCAGCAGCACACUUGUUUGCUUUUCUACUUGAACUUCUUUGUUUACAUUUACAAAUUAUUGACAAAGGGGGCAUUCUUUUUGUAACUCAGUGAUGUCCUUCCUGUCUUUUAAUGUACAGUUUUAUUGCUUCUUUAAAAAGGAGGGGGGAGAGAAAAAAAAACGCACCCCGUCAUUUUACAGUAGGUUUACAAUCUGGGAUGGGUAAAAGGUCACUGGAUAUGGUCUCCAACAUCCAUACAUAUUUAAGUAACAGUAUUUGAAAUACACAGAAGUUGUUGGGUUUUUCAUAUAGACUGCAGUACAGUUUGAAAUUCUAAUCAUGCUACAAAAAUUAUUAUCUCCUGCACAGACCCCGAGGGGUGGAUCAUCCUGAAAAGGAAGGAGGAGGAAACCUUCCCGGUAACGUUGUCUCGCAAAUACUUUUUAGAAGAUGACCAGCUGAAACAAUGCAGAUGAAGCUUUAUCAGUAAAGUGCAUAGUAACAGUUACUGCAGGAUAAAUCACCUGCUCCCAUCAGCAUCUCUUCAUUUUAUUAUUCAGGCAUGUUGUAUUCCUAGUCAAUGGUUAGCAAUGUGGUUUUACUAAACAACUUACUAGAAUAUCGGAAGGUGUUUAGGAGGAUUUUAAACAUUUUUUUUCUGUCAAUUAUAGAUUAUUUCAUAACUUUUUGCAAAUUUAUAAUGACUUUUUCCAAGCAAUUUAAGUAUAAAUUUAUCUGUCUAUUGGUCUAUUCAUUACUUUGAAGUUUCUUAAGAUCUCUUGAGCCCUAUUAAGAUUUGUAGAAAAGGCAAUGUAAUUUUACAUAGGAUUUUCUUUCCAAAAUCAGUAGUUACAAUUUGAAAUUAACCUUUUUGUGAGAACAUCAGCAAUAGAAAAUAAUUAAUACAGCAAUAUUCAGAGAUGAAGUGCUAAAUUAUUCAGGUUUACUGGUAAAUCUGACUUCAGUUGCAGUGAUAAUCACCCGAGACAGUUUUCUCUCUUGACCAUCUACCUGUCAGUUUAUGUACCUUUUAAAUAUGGCAGAAGCAGGAAUAUUUCUGCUGUCUGUGCAACUAGUGAAAAGUGAUAUUUUCCAGCAGCUGUUAAGGUCUUGCCUUUCUCACUUAUGUGAGUGAUCCCAUCAGUCAAAUAGGAUUCUGUCAUUUGUCUUUCAUGUAAGGCAUUCCUGCUGCUGAGGGAUGAGCAGUGUUACACAGGUACUCUGCAUCAGGCACUGCUGCUCAGUGAGUACCAGUGAGAUUUCCAUAUUCAGUUGAUUAAGAGUUGCAGAGUGGAGUAUUUAAGGAAAAAAAGCCCUAAAUAAUGAAGGCAGAAGCCAGUUUUGCAGUUUUUGGCAUAGCUCUAAUGAAAACAUAGUAGAUAUGAGAGUUUUGUCUCAAUGAGAUCUGCUGGAGCAAAUUCCCAAAAAUAUUUUUAUGGCAGGCAGCCUUGCCUGCGUUUCAGUCUGUCUUUAGCAUUGUUCUCUUUGAUUGCAUGAAUAAAAGUUAGCACUCUGCACUCAGCUGCCUGUGGUUUCAUCAGCAAACAAGUUCAGUAAAUCCUUGACAUUUUACAGUGGUUCCUAAAUUGUACCCUACAGUCAAAUGGAAACAAACACUGACCUAAGACUUAAAAGUCAAAGAAUUGGCCCAAAGGCCAUGAGAAUGAUCUCAAAUGUGCAAUAAUUCAUAGAGGUCAGUAUUUUUCCAUUGCUUCUUUCCCCAGUUCUUUAUUCUGUGCCCUCCUACACCAGUUAUUGUCUGUAAGAUUUUCAUUAGGUUCUAAAUAAUACAUGUUUCUCUUGUUUUUUCUAGCAUUAUUAUGCAUUUGACACUAACACUGAAAAUGGAAAUCUAGAAAAAUAUAUUAAUUUAUUACACAGUAUAGAAACUAUAACUUGCUCUUUUGUGAGGUUAAGUUCCAAACAUAUAGGUGUUUAAUAGACGUAUUUUUCUACUGAGAAAGAAAGCGAUUUUACCUCCAUUAUAAAUAUAUGUAUUUCAACCUCCUCCCAAAAAUUUACAAAAUUUGCACUGUUUUAUAAGUGUUACAGACUGUGUUUACACUGGCUAUGUUCUUUAAUGCAAAGUGUAAUUUAAAAAAAAAAAAAAAAAAAAAAAAAAAAAAAAAAAAAAAAAAAAGGAAAAAAUUCCUAAAAGCAAACCCUGCAUGAAAAGAGCUGCAUAUGUUUAAAUGAAAAGCUGUACUUUUCAUUAUUUUCCUUCCCACAUUACUCUAGAAUCUGGUUAAUUCACACAGAAUGUUCAGUGAGAUUUUAAACCCGCUAGUUCUGUAUUAAGCAUGCAAACCCC